CAGGUACGCUGACGACGCAGUCAAACACCUUUCACCGGGUUUUGAAAGAAAAAGAAAAAAUUAAUUGUAUUUUAUACAAUGUGUACACGCAAUGAAUGGAUGGGAGCAUUUAGAAACGUGAAUUCGGGUUGGAUAGAGCAGGUUGGAUAGAUAGAGCAGGUUGAAUAGAGCAGAUUGGAUAGAGCAGGUUGUUGUGUUUUACAAUCUCAGGUGUUCUGUACUGAAAUUACUUGAGGGAUGAGAGUAAACAGACGGUAAGAGAUUAUUAUUUUCUUCUUUUUUUUUUAAUCUGCAAUGUUUGCUGUUUAUUUUUAAAUUUGAAAUGUUAGGGUUUUAAGUUAAAAUCAGAAAUGUUUGGUGUUUCUUUUUUUUCCACGGGUCAUGUUUGGGGGGGUGGGUUGUAAAGGGUCCGUACAUAUAAGGCUCCGGUUUGGGGGACGGCCUUGAGAUGGUCUAAGAAAGUUUGAUAGUUUGUUAUUUUUAUUUUUAUUUUUUUUUGGUGGUAAAGAUCAUACGACAUGUCACCCAUCUUUUUAAAUCGUACAUGUCUAUGAUUUUUGUUUGUAAAAAGUGACAGUGAUGUUUGUAACUUUAUCUUGUGUUGGACGCCCUUUGACAGACGAUGUCACCAGCUGUCAUUUUUUUUUUAAAAUAAAUUUAUUAGUGAAGUUUGUCUUGGAUUAAAUUUUAAUUGUUUUUGUUUAAUUUUUUAAACAAUUAUUUUUCCGCCUGAAAGUGUGACGUACUUAAGCAAGAUGGAGUGGGGGGGGGGCGGGGGGGGCGUUGGGGAGGGUUAACAAUUUGUGACAGACUGUGACCUUAGGAGGAGGUCUAAAAAUCCAAAAAUCCCCACCAAAAAAAAAAAAAUAUAAAAAAAAAUAGUAGUCGCUCCCUGAAAAUCUGUUUGUACCCGAUCGCGACCCAUUUUUUUUUUUUUUUGGAUACCCCGAUGUUCACUUGGGAAGGGGGGGGGUGGGCAGGAGGGAUUCAUCUCUGUAUUAAUGUCCGCUGACGGCUCUUCAAAAAGGCCCGAAUAUGUCAAUGAACCAUGGGCGUAGGACGUGGUCGGACGGAGGCUGGGGAGAUGGGGGGCGACGUUACUACCCGGGUGAAACUUACUUAAGGGAGAAUUUUUUAAGUCUACUUUAUGUACUAUACUUAUCGCAUGGCUUUAAUUUUUGACGCAUAUUCUGUAGGGUUGGAGGGCCGCCGCCAAAUGAAGAGCCAACCCCGACGUGCGCAGCAGUCUUUAGUCUCACCACUGAGUACACCCAAACGGUGUUAAUCGAGCAAUUUUAUUAUAUUUAUUAUUAUAUGAACUCAUGCCUGGGAGGUGGAGCAGAGCAUGUUGUAUUUUAUUAUUUAUAUAUAUAUAUAUAAUAUAUAUAUAUAUAUAUAUAUAUACAUACAUAUAUGUAUAUAUAUAUAUAUAUCUUUACACAUAGUGUAGAUUUACAUAAACCAUCACACUUAGAAUUUAGAUUUACAAGAAACCAACACAGUGUAGAUUGACAUAAAUCAUCACACAAAGAGUGUACAUUGACAUAAAUCAUCACACAAAGAGUGUAGAUUGACAUAAAUCAUCACACAAAGAGUGUAUAUUGACAUAAAUCAUCACACAAAGAGUGUACAUUGACAUAAAUCAAUCACACAAAGAGUGUAGAUUGACAUAAAUCCCCCACACAACUAAGUGUCCAUUUUACAUAGACCACCUCACAACGUUAAAAUUAGGUAUAAUCACAGUGUGUGUAAGCUAAAAAUGAAAAAAAUAAUAAAUCAACCUCGCUGAUUUCUAAUUCUACUGAUGUCGGGGUCACGGUGGACGCGGCCUCUCUAACACAGCAAAGUACCGCAGGUUUCCGAAUGUUUGCAUUUCUUGCUGGGAUCUUCUUUUUUUGUUUGUAUAGGGGAAUCCGGGUGGAUCAAGUGACAAUCUUAUGUGACCUUUCCCCGUUUCAAAUCCGCCAUGUAAAAUCUAACAGCCCCUGAGAACAAAGCUGUUCGUAUUAAUCCUUUGUGUGCGUUUUUUUUAAAUUAUUAUUUCAUUUCGUAUCAACAUUCUAAUGUGGCAGCCACUUUUACACCGCAAAUCAGCUAUUUCAGAAAAGAAAAAGAAGGGAAAAAAGUGACUAUUUCGCACCAAAAGCACGUGCGAUAUUUUUACGAAUUUCAUUUAGCGCAGUUAUCGGGAAUUCCAUUUCGUGAAAUCAGUGUCAUAAUAUUUCCGCCAUCUGCCCUUAAAAAAAACAAACAAAACAAAAAACAGAUUUUUGAGGGUGGGGCUGGAGAUCCAGAAUUGAAAUAAUGUGGUGUAGUUGGAAACGAGUCUGAGUUCCAAGUUUCAGUUGGUUGGAAGUGGGCCAAUGAGCCGUCCGAAGAUUUUUUUCCAACCAGCCACCCCCACCCACCCAGGCACGAAAAAAAAUAAAAGAAAUCGAAGUUAAAAUUGCUUUUCAUUAUUGGGUAAAACAACAAAUGAAAAAUGAAAAAAAAAAAAAUAUGUGUUGUACCGUAAAGUAGAACAAUUCAAUACAAUUUUAGCGUGCAAAAUAUUCAAUGUCAUGAUUGCCUUGUCGUAACGCCUCCAAUUAUUUGUAACAUUUAAACGUGUGUCUUUUUUUUUUUACAGUCUCGCAACGCCCCCUUGUGGAGCGUUAGUGUUUUGUUUGCGCACGUGACAUUUUAAGCUCUCUCUCUCUCUCUCGUGCCGUGUUCACGCUGGGGGAACAACGUGUCGCGUUGACAUUGUCGCUCAAAUUAUCACGGUUAAAAAAAAAAGCCCCAAAAAAACAACAAAUCAAAUAAAAAGAAAAAGAAUGCAUGUCUGGUGGAGAUAAUAACUUUUUUUAAAAAUUAACACAAAUUAAACAUAUUUAACUUUCGUCUCAAUUCGGUACGAAUCCUUUUGGGCUACACUUCUGCACAGUCCUUUUUUUUUUUUUUUUCAAAAUUUCUUUUUAGAAAAAAAAAAUUUUCUACUUUUUUUCGCGUUUUUAACUUUUUCUAUUUUUUUUUUUUUUUUUUUUCUCAAUUCGGUACGAAUCCUUUUGGGCUACACUUCUGCACAGUCCUUUUUUUUUUUUUUUGCAAAAUUCAUUUUAAGAAAAAAAAAUUGUCUACUUCUUAGCGCGUUUUUAACUCUAUCUAUUUUUUUUUCUUUUUUAAUGAAUACUUUAAAAAAAGAAAAAAUUCAAAUGAAGAAGCGUUAAAAAAAAUCAACCUCCGUCGAGAUCUGUAGCAGCCAAGGGGGCGCAAUAGUGUAUUAUUUCAAACGUUAAACUACCAUUUAAAAAUGUAUAAUGUCAAUUAAAUUUGCCACCCUGCAGGGAAACACUUUUUGCGGCAUAUAUCUUGUUGACUUAAUGGUUUGUGGGGAGGGGGGGGGGCGGGGUAAAAUCAUUAUUUUAUGCACAGGUUAACUGCUGUUUUCUCACAUAUUUCCGGAGGAUGUCUACUACUCCCUCUCCCCCCCCCCCUUUUUCCGCCAACCCACCCCCCCCCCAACCUGUUCAUUAUUUCUGGGUAGGACACAAUGGGAAUGUAAGAAUGAUACCAACAAAAAAUAAUAAAAAUUACAAAAAAUCGGUAGAACCGUUGAACCGAGUCCAAGUGAGUUGCUUGUUAUUGCAACGCGAAGAAGAGCGAGCCGCUCGUUGACGACAGUCGAACCAAACCACAAAACCCCAACCAAUGGUAGAACUAUUGAGCCGAGUCCAAGUAAGUUGCUUGUUAUUGCAGCGCGAAGAAGAGCGAGCCGCUCGUUGACGACAGUCGAACCAAACCACAAAACCCCAACCAAUGGUAGAACCAUUGAGCCGAGUCCACAUGAGUUGUUUGUGUUAUUGCAACGCGAAGAAGAGCGAGCCGCUCGUUGACGACAGUCGAACCAAACCACAAAACCCCAACCAAUGGUAGAACCAUUGAACCGAGUCCACGUGAGUUGUUUGUGUUAUUGCAACGCUAAGAGGAGCGAGCCGCUCGUUGACGAGCAGUCGAACCAAACCACAAAACCCCAACCAAUGGUAGAACCAUUGAGCCGAGUCCACGUGAGUUGUUUGUGUUAUUGCAACGCUAAGAGGAGCGAGCCGCUUGCUGACGAGCAGUCAAACCAAACCACAAACCCAAACGACCCAGCCGUUCGUGGAAACAUAGAAAAGUGCAACUUUUUUUACGGUUGAGAGACUUGGUUCAGACGCCCGCGUGGAUCAUUUUCUUGGCGUGGUUGAGAGAUGUGAUUAUGCAUUGGACACAUUGGUAAGUUCUAAAAAAAAAUGUCCUUGCAUCUGAUCGGGGAAGACAACGGGGAACACAUGCAUAAUCUAUAUAUACAUAAGUAUUACGGAAGAGAGAAACGUACCAGUGCAUAUAUCGAUAAAGAUAUAGAUAUUGACUUAAUCUUGGACUUGUGUACGCACCUGAAGGAUGUUGUUGUAGAUCAAUUUUUUUUUUUAAAUAGUCGAGGGGUACUUGACAAUAAAUUCAUUGCGACGCCCACCUGGAGUAUGAGUGUAGGUAAGAGACUAGGUAUACAUAUCUAUUGGCUGGUACUUAAGACGCAUCUCAAACAAGACAAGCGUGACAUAUCAUGACACAUACGAACAAUACAUGUAGUCACUCACAAAGAUUAUGAGAGACACACGUCAGAAUUUGUAUGGUAAGUCACGCCGGUUAAAUGCGACUAACAUCAGAAUUUGUAUAGUUAGUCACGCAGGUCAAAGAGACAUGCACCCCCAAAUGACCACGCGCGGUAGAAAUUAGUGUUAAAACUAAAUAGAGCGCGGGAACCAGUGGUUCUCAAGUAAGAUAAAUUUAAUAUGUUUACGGAUUCAAUUGCGUUACCUAAAGGGUGCUGUUGAAUAUUAUCAGUAAAAUAAAUUUCUCUCUAUAUCAAACUGGAUUUAUAAACAAUAGUAAUAAAUAAGCGUUGCACGUAGAUUUAAAUGAAUUUUAUUUAUGGAACAGAUGAAGAAAUCACCAAAACAAAACAAAAAAAGCUCAAACAGUAAAAACAGCUUGGCGCAGCAAUCGACGUUGACUUACUUAGACUCAGACAUGCGUAAUGAGCAGACCAGCCCAGUGCAUUGAUUUAAAUAGCGGAGCUUGCCGGCAGAUAUUCACACACACAAUCACUGGAUACAGUUGGUCAAUCUGGUGAUAACAAAUUAAAUUAAAGUGCUAUUGGCUUUUAGACUCGAGGCUGUCAAACAGGACAAGUUUCAAAUUCUUUAAAUUAACUCCCCUCUUUUCGUGACUGGAUGGCUGGCCGAAAAAAAAAAACAUCUUCGGACGGCUAAUUGACUCACUUCCCGUUAACCUAUCGAACUUAAACUUAUCAUGUGGGCUCGAUUCCCAAUAACAACAGAUUCUGUCAAAUUUUCAAAAGUGACGCUCCGCAAGUAAUUAAAAAUCAUUUGAAUCUGGCGCACAAAUAACUGUCUGAGGUAUUUUUAGCAUCUAUUUGACGAUGGCAAUGGCUUUCUGGAUAAUGAAUCCUUUUGUGAAACUGGGGCGCUUGGAUCUGACAAGCAAAAGUUGCGCCCGGAGCAAAUACUGCAUAUAAAUGGCCCCUCCAGCCCCCCCCCUAUAAAAAGUGUAAAUCAGUAUAUAUAUUUUAUUAAAAGUUACGAUUUUUUGCCCCCCCCCCCCAAAAAAAAAAAAUCUCAAGACGGAACAUGGUGCCCAUUCCCCCACCACCCCCCCCUUCAACCCACACCCCAUAUUUAGCCCGGGAGGGUGUCAGGGCUGGAUGUCAGGUUUGGGUGUCAGGCCUGGAUGUCAGGUUUGGGGUGUCAGGGCUGGAUGUCAGUUUUGGGGUGUCAGGGCUGGAUGUCAGUUUUGGGGUGUCAGGGCUGGAUGUCAGUUUUGGGGUGUCAGGGCUGGAUGUCAGGGUUGGCUGUCACGACUGUUUGUCAGGGUUGGCUGCCAAGACUGUUUGUCAGGAUUGACUGUCAGGGAUUUUUGGCAGGGUUGGCUACCAGGGUUGGAUUUCAGGUUUAGUUGUCAGGGUUGGAUGAGUGGGUAAUUUAUAAAAAAAAAACUAUAAAAACAAUACCAUUCCAGAACUGGAUUUUAUGGUGGGCUGUGAGUGUGAGGGGUUGUGUGUGAGGGGUUAUGUGUGAGGGGUUAUGUUUGAGGGGUUGUGUGUGUGUGAGGGGUUGUGUAUGUGAGGGGUUGUGUGUGUGAGGGGUUGUGUGUGUGAAGGGUUGUGUGUGUGAGGGGUUGUGUGUGUGAGGGGUUGUGUGUGAGGGGUUUUGUGUGUGGGUUGUGUGUGUGAAGGGUUGUGUGUGUGAGGGGUUGUGUGUGUGAGGGGUUGUGUGUGAGGGGUUUUGUGUGUGAGGGGUUGUGUGUGUGAGGGGUUGUGUGUGUGAGGGGUUGUGUGUGUGAGGGGUUGUGUGUGUGAGGGGUUGUGUUUAUGAGGGGUUGUGUGUGUGAGGGGUUGUGGGAGUUAGUGGCGAGUUUGUGUUAGGUUUUGUAGGUUUGUGGUAUGUUUAUGGUGGCUUUGACUCAGUUAAAUUUACACAAUCUGUCACCCUAUAAACUCAGGUGAACAAGCAUUCCCCGUGUUGUAUAUUCUACAGUCAGCCGUUUACCUUUCUUCAUUGAAUAUUUGUCUUUAGCCAGGUCAAAGUGGCCAGCCCUUAUCUAUGUUACGGUCAAGGGAUUCCCAAAGUGUUGUCGUGGUCCCCUAGAGGAUUCGUGAUCCCUUAGAGAUAUCAUGAUCCACUAUAGGAUGUGUAGAGAUCCCCUGGAGAUGUCGUGAUCCCCUAGAGGAGUCUUUGUCCCCUAGAGCAGUGGUUAUCAACCUGUAUGGUCAGUCGAGCGACCCUUCCACAGGUGUCGCCUGAGACCAUCGGAAAACACACAAUUUAUGAAGUUGAAAAGAAAACGAUUUUUAUGUUUGGGAGGGUGAUCAACACAGCAUGAGGAACUGUGUUAAAGUGUCGCGGCCUGAGGAAGGUUUGAGAACCACUGCUUUAGAGGAUUCGCAAUCCCCAUGAGGUGUCGAGAUCCCCUAGAGCAGUCGCGAUCCUCUGGAGCAGGGUUUCUCAAUCUUCAUUGUGCCGCGACCCUUUAAUACAGCUCUUCAUGUUGUGGUGACCCCAACAUAAAAUAAUGUAGAUGUCUUGUGUUAAAAUUGUUAUACUUGUAACAUGUCAAUUGGUUGAAAAUGUGUAUUUAUUUAUGUGCUGAAAAGUUAUGUACAAUGUUAUUUUAAAAAAAACCGUUUCCAUGUAUUAGGAUCAAUAAAGCAUCGUAUCUUAUAAAUGCGAAAACUUCCUGCGGGUUUAGUCGUGUCCAUUACACCGUGUGGUCAACCAACUUUUUUUUUAUGUUUCAAAAAGUUCGUUUGUUGCCUUCAGGCUUGGUUGUGUCAACUGUACAAUCUUCACAUGCAUAUUUUUUUUUCAGCAAAUGCUGUCCAAAAACGUUUUAAUUUCGUGUUGGAGCUUUGCCUUAUGAUACAUUUUUAUUUGGUAACGGCGAAAAGCCAAGUGAUAAAUAUCUCAAGCCGAGUAUAAUAUCCAAGCCACAUUUUUUUUUUAAUUAAGACAUUAUAAUAAUAGAAAAGAUCUUCACAAUGUCACGUUAGACCCAGGAGUCACGUUACCGAUGCGGUCUUUGCAGAUUCACGUUGAAGGCACUGUUCAAACUUAACGUGCCCCCCCCCCGAAAGAUUUUUAUCUCUUUCGUUAGGCUACACCAGCGGUUCUCAACCUGUGGGUCGCGACCCCUUUGGUCUUUCACGAGGGUCACCUAAGACCACCUCAAAACACAAAUGCUCUACAGUUAUAAGGUUUCAACAAAAUUAAUUUAGUGGUUUGGGGGUCGACACAACAUGAGGAGCUGUAGUAAAGGGUCGCGGCACAAGAAAGAUUGAGAACCACUGGGCUACACGAUUAAGCGACCUGAAAAAUUUUAGGAAUGCACGUAUUCGAGUGAUCCGUUUUAAUAAUUGUGUUACAACUAUAAGACGAUCCAACUACGGGACGAUACAAUUACAGAGCGCUGCAAACACAGGACGAUACUAUUACAGGACGAUGCUAAUAAAGGAUGGUAAAACUAUAGGCGAUGCGAUUACAGAAUGAUACUCUAUUAUACGACACAAUUACAGGACAAUACAACUAGAGAAGAUUCAACUAUAGACGAUGCAAUUACAGGACGAUACAAUUAUAGACCAUACAACGACAGGACAAUACAAUUAUAGACGAUAAAAACCCAUUUGAAAGCUGGUACCUUUAGUCCAUAAAAGUUUUAAUCGUCCAGUCAAAUUAAAGGUUUAAAAGGCCAGAUAUUACUACUUUCAAAUGAAUACAUUGUGUGAAAAACACAUUUUUUUUUUAUCAUUCGGCUCACUCGAUCUUCACCCAUAAAUUAUAGAAAAGUAAAAAGAUGGAGUGACUACGACUUAAAUUUCGGAUCAAGAUAACACAACUUUUAUAAAGUAACAUUUGCAAUUGUAAAAUCAUUUAAAUUAACUUCGUUUUUGUGUGUUGAAGGCAAAAAUCAUCAGACUGCUCAUUAAAUCACUUUCCGUAAACCUAUCGAGCUGAAACUUGGCACAUACAUUAUUUUCCGAACACAACACAUAUUGUCAAAUUUUCAGACCCGACCCCCACAGCCCACCCAAUUGCUCCCUCAUCCCCUUGCGGACCUACAUGAAGGUUGUGUUAUCAGUAUCUGGGGAAUUCGAUAUAUGUGUACAUAAAUAUGCAUGUACAAACACAUUUGUAGGUUAAAAACAUUCGUACUCGGAAUUUACAACUUAGAAAAUUAUUUUUCAGAAGCAUUUACAAUUUUAAAGAUAUUUCCGUUCAUGAAUUUUUGAAAACGUUAAAUCGGUUAAAUCUGUGCUGUCACCGCAACGUUAAUGAGAAGACGCGAUGACUCUCACGUUAUUGUGGCACAGCUCUUUAUUGAACUCAACUGGUCAGCUUGGCUUUUUUUUUGUGUUUAAUCUCUUCAUGAAUUAUUUAAAUUCCCUUUUUUUUUUUUUAAAGACCAAUCCAUCUGGAAUAACGAGGCAAUUGAAAAGACAAUUUGAUUCUUCAAAUAACGAGACAAUUGAAAAGACAAUUUGAUUCUUCAUGAGCGGGUUAUUUCAUCUGGGUCAAGGGUUCUCACAUAUUCCUAAUAUGCGGGAAAAAUUGUUUUAAAAACACUUUUAACAAAUUUCCCUUAUGUACUGAAUGUGCGAUCAGAUGAUGCUCUGAAUGUGUGAUUAGAUUUUACACUUAAUGUACGAUCAGAUGUUGCACUGAAUCUGCGAUAAAAUGGUGUGCUCAUUGUGCGAUCAAAUUUUAUUUUGAAUGUGCAAUCAAAUGCUUUGUUGAAUGUCUGAAUAAAUGGUGUGUUGAAUGUGCAGUGCGAUCAAAUGUUGUGCUGAAUGUGCAAUCAAAUGAUGUGCUGAAUGUGCAAUCAAAUGAUGUGCUGAAUGUGCAAUCAAAUACUGUGCUGAAUGUUCAAUCAAAUAUUGAGCUGAAUGUGCGAACAAAUAUUCUGCUGAAGGUGCGAUCAAAUUUUGAGCUGAAUGUGCGAUUAAAUGUUGAGCUGAAUGUGUAAUCAAAUGUAGAGCUGAAUGUGCGAAUAAAUGUUGAGCUGUAUGUGCGAUUAAAUGUUGUGCUGAAUGUGCGAUCAGAUGUUGUUCUGAAUAAGCAAUCAAAUGUUGUAUUGAAUAUGCGAUCAAAUGUUGUGCUGAAUGUAUGAUCAGAUGUUAUGCUGAAAUUGCGAUCAAAUUGUGUGCUGAAUGUUCCGUUGAAUGUUUGCUAAAUGUGCAGUCAAAUUUUGUACUGAAUGUGCGAUCAAAUGGUGUGCUGAAUAUUCGAUCAGAUGUUGUUCUGAAUAAGCUAUAAAAUGUUUGUCCUGGAUGUACAAUCAAUUGCUAUACUGAAUAUGCAAUCAAAUGUUGAGCUGAAUGUGCAAUCAAAUGGUGUGCUGAAUGUGCAAUCAAAUGGUGUGCUGAAUGUGCAAUCAAAUGGUGUGCUAAAUGUGCAAUCAAAUGGUGUGCUGUAUGUGCAAUCAAAUGGUGUGCUGAAUGUGCAAUCAAAUGGUGUGCUGAAUGUGCAAUCAAAUGGUUUGCUGAAUGUGCAAUCAAAUGGUGUGCUGAAUGUGCAAUCAAAUGGUGUGCUAAAUGUGCAAUCAAAUGGUGUGCUGUGUGUGCAAUCAAAUGGUGUGCUGUAUGUGCAAUCAAAUGGUUUGCUGAAUGUGCAAUCAAAUGGUGUGCUGUAUGUGCAAUCAAAUGGUGUGCUGAAUGUACGAUCAAAUGUUUUGCUAAAUGUGCAAUCAAAUAUUGUACUGAAAGUGUGAUCAAAUAUUGUGCUGAUUGUGUGAUCAAAUGGUGUGCUGAAUGUGCAAUCAAAUGUUGUACUAUAUGUGCGAUCACAUGUUUUACGGAAUAUGUGAUCAGAUGUUGCACGGAAUGUAUGAUCAAAUGCUGCACGGAUUGUGUGAUCAGAUGCUGCACGGAUUGUGUGAUCAGAUGCUGCACGGAAUGUGCGAUAAAAGGAACACUUUAAUAGUAGUUCAUGUAUUUCAAUAAUCCCGAUGCAUUUGAUAUUCAUAAAAAGUUGGGUGUGUUUGUGUGUAUUGUACGUGUGUAUGGUGGGUGUGUGGUGGUUUGAAUAGUAAAAAAAAAAUCUAACGAACGUCAUAUACUAGGUGGCCGAGUAGUCUAAACUGAGUCAAUCUAAACAAGGGUUAUGGUCUGAAGUUUAAUCCCCACCUAAGAUUAGAUCAGCGAAAAAAUAUCACCAUCUCCCCUGUUUGGAUGUGGCCCGUUAGCUUUGAAUGGCAAAUCAUCUCAGGGAAGGAAAGCUCCGUUUGGCUGUGGCCCGUUAGCUUUGAAUGGCAAAUCAUCUCAGGGAAGGAAAGCUCUGUUUGGAUGUGGCCCGUUAGCUUUGAAUGGCAAAUCAUCUCAGGGAAGGAAAGCCCCGUUUGGCUGUGGCCCGUUAGCUUUGAAUGGCAAAUCAUCUCAGAGAAGAAAAGCCCCGAAUUGGGAAACCCGGAAAUCCGUAAUAGGAUACCAUUGUUUCAACCCCAGCAACCCAUGCGACGCUGCUGGCGCCAAGCUGUAAACAUCUACGCGUUUUUCCUUUGGGUUACCCGGGGGCUUGGAGAGAGGCCUUGGCAUUGGAUGAUAUAGGCAAGGACGAGGGAAUGAGGCUGACGAAUCGAGCAGCUCUACCCCCCCCCCCAAGUUAAACAAAUUACAGCUCGAGAAAAUGGCUGCUACUCUGUUCGAAAAUUACCUUGGUCAUAUUCAUGUGCGAAUGACGAGCAACUGAUAUACAUAUAUAUAUGACUUAUAUAUAAUACAAGUCGAGACUGACAUGUGUUCGAUUCAUGGGUUUAUUUUGGAUCUAGAAAUGUCAAAGAACUUGAUCUAUCUAAAACCUGAUGUCAUGCUUUGUGUAAUGAAUUUUUUUUUUCUUUUUUAAUUUAAUAAUCGUUCUUUGAUAAUAAAAUUGAUUAUAAAAUUGAUCAUACAAUUGAUCAAACAAUUGUUUAUAAAAAAAGAACUGUGUAAUUGAUUAUAAGAUUGAACAUAAAAUGGAUAGUAAAAUUGAUUAUAAAACGGAUUUUAAAAUUAUAAAUCUUAAGGUUAUAAAACUGAAAAUAAAAUUAUUUAUAAAAUGGAUUGAACGAUUAAUUAAAAGAUUAAUUAUAAAAUUGAUUUUUAUAGUUAAUGGAAAGCUGUUCCGUUUUCCAGCUACCAAGGUCCAAGAUCAUGUGCUGCCAAAUUCUGGUCGAGAUGGAACAUCUUCAAAGUGCUGCUUCUGCUCUGUGUCGCUGGAUUCGCCUUCACCUAUCUGGCGGUCACGUGAGUAAACUUGGCAGUCACUGUGUACAUAAACGAUUGUGGGGAUUUAAACAUAAUCUUGAUAUUUACCGCAAACUGCAGUCGAUAAACUUGUCAAAUAAGAAUACAUUAGUAAGAGAUUUGUCCCGAUAAUUAGGACUAGUGUCAAUUUAAAAAAAAAAAUGAAAAUUCGAUUAUCCAAUAACUUGAAAUAAAUUCACAUAUAAAAAGUAAUGAAUAUUCGAUUAUCAACUAAACUGAAAUAACUUCACACAUUAAAAAAAGGGAAUAUUCGAUUAUCAACUAAACUGAACAACUUAAAAUAUACUUUUUAAUGAAUAUAUGAUUAUCAACUAAAAUGAAAUGAACUAACAAUUUUUUUUCUUUUUCUUCAGACCGUAUUCGAAUCAGGGCUUAAUUUUGGAACCUGACAAUAUUCCAGAGCCCAUAACUGCACGGAAAACAUAUUCACCUGGUGCCAACGAUAAUACACCCACUUCUCUGAGCGGUCUCUCCACGACAGCUACUACCCAACUUGAAAUUAAUGAAACUGAACACCUUUCGCCAAGUCAAGCUACAACCGCUUUCUUUGGUGACAUUUCAAGUCUAGCUACAGUCGCUUCAUUUGGUGACAUUUCAAGUCAAGCUACAUCCGCUACAUCCGCUUCAGUAACGGAAAUUUCAAGUCGAGCUAGAACCGUUCCCUUGGGUGACAUUUCAAGUCUCGCUAGAGCAGUUUCAUUUGGUGACAUUUCAAGUCUAGCUACAGCAGCUUCAGUAACGGAUCCAUCUACAACUGUUUCCGUGGCUGCAGAAAAAUCAAAUGUAAAUACGAAAACCUCAGUGAGGGAAAUUUUAAGUCCAGUUACUAUCGGUACCGCUGGAGAACUUCCAGCAAAAGAGUCGACAGCAACCUACUCUUCUGUCUACCCAACAUCAGUUUUGUCCGCAACAACCGAAAAAUCAGCAUCAGAUACCACUUCCAUUCGCUCUACGACAGAGGGCUCUACAAAUAUUAACAAUGCGUUAAGCAUUUCAACAGCCUCAAGCCCCACUGCUGAAGGUGCUUCUCUAAGUCCAUCGGGUUUGACUGAUUCACCAGCAGAAAUUCCAACUGUUUACACCGAGUCAACGGCACUUGAGGUGACGAGUGCUGCUACGGCUGCCUCAUCCGGAAACGUCCAGCCACUGUACGUCACAUCGGCCUUCACCGGAAGACUGGGCAAUCAAAUGUUUAUCUAUGCAGCUCUGAUCGGAAUCGCCCGAGCUCAGAACAGGACGGUUUUCAUCAAGAGCGGGACGGACUUGGAGGCCACGUUUCAAAUUACUCACCUUAACGACAGCAUAGACUCGACCGGGUGAGUGGUUGGGAUAAUUUAAUAUUGUGGAUUUAUUGGGACCGGGUGAGUGGUUAGGAUAACGAAAUAUUGGGGAUGUAAUGGGAUUGGUUGAGGAGUGGUUAGGGUAAUUUAAUAUUGUGGAUUUAAUGGGACUUGGUGAGCGGUUAGGAUAAUUUAAUAUUGUGGAUGUCAUGGGACUGGGUGAGUGGUUAGGAUAAUUUAAUAUUGUGGAUUUAAUGGGACUGUGUGAGCGGUUAGGAUAAUUUAAUAAAGCGCUUAGAGCUUUAUGAUAAACGCUAUAUAAAAAUGCCUAAAUAAAUAAAUAAAUAAUAUUGUGGAUUUAAUGGGACCGGGUGAGUGGUUAGGAUAAUUUAAUAUUGUGGAUUUAAUGGGACUGGGUGAGCUGUUAGGAUAAUUUAAUAUUGUGGAUUUAAUGAGACUGGGUGAGCUGUUAGGAUAAUUUAAUAUUGUGGAUUUAAUGGGACGAGUGAGUGGUUAGGAUAAUUUAAUAUUGUGUAUUUAAAAGGACCGAGUGAGCGGUUAGGAAAAUUUAAUAUUUUGGAUGUAAUGGGAUGGGGUGAGUUCUUAAGAUAAUUUGAUAUUGUGGAUAUAAUGGGAUUGGAUGAGUGGUUAGGAUAAUGUAACAUUGUGGAUUUAAUGGCAUUUGGACGAGGAGUUUUUUGGAUAAUGCAACUUUGUGGAUGUAAUGGGAUUGGGUGAGAAGUUGUUUAGGAUAAUGUAACAUUGGGGAUGUAAUGGGAUUGGCUAAUGAGCGGCUUAGGAAGAUGUAACAAUGUGGAUGUAAUGGGAUUGGGUUAAUGUUUAGGAUGUAGCUUGACUUGCUGAAGGUUUGCCACUGAGCGAUGGCUGAGAUUAAGAAUUUGGCCGGUUUGCCACUGAACGAUGGCUGACAUUAAGAAUUUGGCCGGUUUGCCACUGAGCGAUGGCUCAGAUUAAGAAAUUGGCCGGUUUGCCACUGAUCGAUGGCUGACUUUAAGAAUUAGGCCGGUUUACUACUGAACGAUGGGUGAGAUUAAGAAUUUGGCCGGUUUGCCACUGAACGAUGGCUGAGAUUAAGAAUUUGGCCGGUUUACCACUGAACGAUGGCUGAGAUUAAGAAUUUGGCCGGUUUGCCACUGAACGAUGGCUGAGAUUAAGAAUUUGGCCGGUUUACCACUGAACGAUGGCUGAGAUUAAGAAUUUGGCCGGUUUACCACUGAACGAUGGUUGAGAUUAAGAAUUUGGCCGGUUUGCCACGAAACGAUGGCUGAGAUUAAGAAUUUGGCCGGUUUACCACUGAACGAUAGCUGAGAUUAAGAAUUUGGCCGGUUUACCACUGAACGAUGGCUGAGAUUAAGAAUUUGGCCGGUUUACCACUGAACGAUGACUUAAAUGAAAAAUGGGGGCUCCAUUAAAAUAAUGAGGGCCGUUUAUCAGAUCAGAUGCCGACCAAAAAGGAAACAAUUUUUGGGAAUUCCCGACAAAAUCUUUGUCAAAACAGCAUCGCAUAGAUCAGCUUCAGAACUUGUCAUCAUUCAUUUAUUUAAUCUUACAUUUUUAUGUUUUGCAUCUUUUUUUGUUAAAUUUAUAUUUACAAAUCUUUUUUUUAAUCCUCUCUUCGUUCCUCAAGGUGGGAAAAUGAAGGUGAGGCCCAUUAUGCAACUUUUGACCCCAGGUUCAUGAACUUGACCCACGUGAAUAAAACCAUUAACGGAUAUUUCCAGUCAUGGCGCUACUUUCAUCACAAUCAGGACGAAGUCAGGAGCGAGUUCAAGUUCAAGGACGAGAUAUUCAGAAAAGCCCAGGAGCACUUGCAGAAAUUCAGAAACGAGAGCGGCGACAAUUUCCUGGUCGGGGUUCACGUGCGGCGUGGGGACUAUCUGAACGACAACAACGUCAAACUAGGAUAUGGUGUGCCGCAGGCCUCGUACUUCCACAACGCCUUCAAAACCAUUCGAGAGCUGUUCCGAGAUAAGAACUUCACCUUCCUGAUAGCCAGCGACGAUCUGACCUGGUGCAAGGAGAACCUCAAAGACCCGGACGUGAGGAUCGUGACGGAGGAGUCUCCCCUGGUCCACUUCGCGGUGCUGGCCAACUGUGAUCACGUGGUGCUGUCCGGAGGGACGUACGGCUGGUGGGCCGCCUGGCUCAGUCCCGGGGUCAAGAUCUACUACAGCAAGUUUGUGGUCAAUGGAUCGUGGCUGGAGGACGGCUUCACCCGAGAGGAUUACUACCCUCCCGGCUGGAUCGGGCUGGAUAACAUGGAUGCUCUGACUGGCCCCGCACCUGCUUCGGGCCUGUCCUAUUGAAAGGGCCCAAACGUUGCGUUUUGUGUGGAGACAUAAUCUAAAUAGAGCAUUUAAAUUGGAUAGAAUAACUAAUUAACAACAACAAAAAAUGUAAAAAGGUAUGCCGGGCUCUUCGAAAGUCACGUGAUGGCUCUGUAUGGAUAUGCCAUCACAUUUUUCGACUACUUUAUUAGGACAAUCCCGUCGAAGGUUGGCUAAAAAUUAUUUGUCGUCAACAUAGAUUAUCAAUCCCUUGUAAGUGGUAAACAUAGAUUAUCUGUCCCUUGUAAGUGGUAAACAUAGAUUAUCUGUCCCUUGUAAGUGGUAAACAUAGAUUAUCUG